GCCACUUCCUGGUUAUGCAUCGAGGAAAUACUGUUAUUGGAUACGGAGUGGUGAAUUUCUCUAAAAGUAUUUAUUCUAUACGCGUGCAGUCAGAUACAAAUAAAAAGUUUAUUGAACCUGAGGAUUCGGGCUGCUUGGUCUUGCAAGACAAUGCAAAAUUAAUAAUAUUAACGAUACUGAUGGUAACAUAGGACUUCAUGUCGGAGGGGAAGUAAGGACUUGAGCGCCACGUCACUGACUUGUGCAGGAAACGUCACUCACAGAGAGUCCUGCUUGGAUUAGUCUGGAAUUACAACAGAGAUUACACCCCUGCUGACUGUUUCUCUCAAAACACAUCGGAUAUAAACGCUGCACCCUGCAAGAAAGCCAAAAUGACCUCGUCAAAUUGGGGUUUGAUAAUGAACGUUGUGAACAGCAUUGUGGGAGUCAGUGUUCUGACUAUGCCCUUCUGCUUCAAACAGUGUGGUAUAGUACUAGGCACUCUGUUGCUUUUCUUCUGCUCAUGGAUGACCCAUCAGUCCUGCAUGUUUCUGGUCCAUUCAGCCAGCAAUACCAAGCGCAGGACUUAUGCUGGACUGGCUUUUCAUGCCUUUGGUAAACCAGGAAAGGCGCUUGUGGAGCUGAGUAUGAUUGGCUUAAUGCUUGGUACAUGUAUUGCAUUCUAUGUGGUCAUUGCAGACCUUGGAUCAAACUUCUUUGCCCAACUUUUAGGACUUCAGGUAACACGCAGUUUCCGUGUCCUUUUGCUUAUUGCGGUGUCACUGUUCAUUGUGCUGCCUCUGAGUUUGCAGAGGAACAUGAUGUCCUCUAUCCAGUCGUUUUCAGCCAUGGCACUGAUCUUCUACACGUUUUUUAUGUUCACGAUAGUGUUGUCCUCUCUGCGUUACGGCAUUAUCAGUGGGUCAUGGGUGGAAAAAGUGAACCUGUGGCGCAUCAAGGGGGUCGUGCAGUGUCUGCCAAUUAUCGCCACUACCUUCUGCUGCCACCCACAGGUGCUGCCUACCUAUGACAGCCUGGACGAGCCCUCGGUUAAGAGAAUGAGCACCAUUUUUACCUCUUCACUCAAUGUUGUUACCACAUUUUACAUCACGGUGGGAUUCUUUGGCUAUGUAAGUUUCACAGACACCAUAGCUGGGAAUGUGCUGAUGAAUUUUCCCUCUAACCUUGUGACUGAUAUGAUCCGAGUGGGCUUCAUGAUGUCUGUAGCCGUGGGCUUCCCUAUGAUGAUCCUGCCCUGCAGGCAAGCCAUCAACACCAUGCUGUUUGAGCAGCAGCAGAAGGAUGGCACUUUUGCGGCCGGUGGAUACAUGCCACCCCUUCGCUUCAAGUGCAUUACUCUGUGCAUUGUCUUUGGCACUAUGCUGGGAGGUAUCCUCAUCCCGAAUGUUGAGACUAUCCUGGGUCUGACUGGAGCCACUAUGGGCAGCCUGAUCUGCUUCAUCUGCCCUGCUCUCAUAUACAGGAAGAUCAUGAAGAAUGGCCUUGCUGCUCAGCUGGUUCUAUGGGUUGGACUUGGGAUUCUGCUCUUAAGCACCUUCACCACUCUGUCCAUAUCCAGUGAGCCAGAUCAAAUACAGCCUCCUGCUAUCGUCCCCAAAACGAAUGACAAACCUCCUGUUGUUCCUGUGCCAGAGCUGCCCAAACAUCUUGUAACCCCAGUGGUUCCAGUUGUAGCAGGAAACCCAGACAAUCCUAAGCCGGCUGUGGAGCAGAUUCAGCCUGCAGAAGAGGCAAAGGCCCCAAAGGAGAAGGAGCCAGCUGAGCCACCGCAGAUAAAAGUACCAGUGGAAGUGCUUGAGAGGAAUAAGAAUGAGGAGGUCCAACUGAACCCUCCUGGAGCAGAAGUCGCAGUGCCUGAUGGAGAGGCUCAUCGCCAUGAACCACCCAUCCCUCAUGAUGAGGUCCACAUAGAGAAACGCAAGAACCAGCAGGAGCUUUAUGAAGAACAGAAGCAUGUUGCUGAAAAGGAAGAGAAGGAGUUAGCAGAACAGGGGGCAGGCCAGCAGCAAGAGGUGACACAAGAUAAAGUUAAGAAUGAUGUGGUGCCUAAAAAGCAGGACGUUGCGAACAUCCAUGUGGGCCAGGACCUUGCCAAUGAGAUUCAUGAGAAGGUGAAAGAACAGCAGCAGCCAGAGUUAGUGGCGUUGGUGCAUAAAUCUGUGGAACAGCCAUCUUUAGUAAAGGUCCAAGAUGCUGGGAACAAACUGCCUGCUGAUAAAAAACCAGAGGAAAGUGAUAAAAAAGCAGCUGAAUCUGAGAAACAUGCUGAAACAGGGGUCCAUUUGCCUGAGGUGCAUGAUGGUGGUGCCAGUCAAGAGCAUAAGGAAGAGAAGAAACUGGAUGGGAAAGACACCAAGGAAGUUGAUGGAGACAAGAUGGAAGUGAUUAAAAAGAUCGUUGCAGAGGGGGUUCUGGACCAUGCUGUGCUUCUGCAGGUGAUCAAAGAGCAGCAGGAGCAGCAGAAGAGGCUGCUGGACCAACAGGAGAAACUCCUGGCUGUUAUCGAGGAACAGCACAAAGAGAUCCAUCAGAAAAAGGAUGAAGAUGAGGAUCCUAAAGCUGCAGGUGGUGAUGCAGCUGACGCAGUCGCAAUAGUGCAGCAGCAGCGUGAGAGAGCCGAUGGAGAUGGGAAGGUUAAAGUCCCAGAAAUGAGCUCAGAACACCACCAGGAACCUGAGAAGCAAGCACCUGUAGCUGAUGCUCAAAAGCAACAAGUAAGAGACGUUUUAACACAUAAUGGGGAAAACGCAGGAGAGAGCCACAAGAAUGCUGUUCAUCUCAACCCAGCACAAGAUGAACCUAAACAGGAGAAACAACCUCUGCAAGGGGAAUUGCAUGUGGAUGAAGUGUUGCAGAGAGACCUCGGGGCGCGCGGGGUGCCAUUACGCCAGCAUCAGCCUGACCUUCCUAAAGAGAAGCAAGGAGUCGUUGAACAGCUUCAACCAGAAGAAAUUGACAAAGAGGAAGAAAAAGUUAGGCAGAGGUUAGCCCAGCUGGAGGCUGAGAAGGAACGGCUUGAGAAGGAAGGAUUGGAGAAAGAGAGACUUGAGAAAGAAAGGUUAGAAAAAGAGAGACUUGAGAAAGAAAAGUUGGAGAAAGAGAGGCUUGAGAAGGAAAAGUUGGAGAAGGAGAGACUUGAGAAGGAAAGGUUGGAAGCAGAGAGGUUGAAACAAGAGCUCGAUAAUGAAAUUGUGAAGCAGGCUGAAAAGGAGCAGAAACUGAUUGAGCAGAGGGAAAAACUGCUCCAGUUACAGCAGAUAAUUGACAAUCGAGACUCCAAUCAGAAUGAGGUCAUCUUAAAAGAGAAGCAAGUACCUCAACCUCAGAAGAAAGGAGGCAGGGACUUAAAGGAGACUUUAGAUCAUGAAAAGCAGGGGUCGCAGAAAGAAAAGAAGAGCAGAGAGAAUGGAGAGAUUGACCUGAGAAGGCGACGCAGGGCUCUGGGUGCUGAGGAGAGACAAGAGCCUGGAAUAGAACCACUGAUGGAGCUCAGAGGCUCGGACCUCCAUGCAGCACUCGAGGCUCAGCUACUGGCUGGAGUUGUUGUCCAUUCUCGACAGAUCAAACAGUUAUCACACAAGCAGGACAAAGAUGAAUAGUUUUUUCACCUAGCAAUAUGUUGAAUACAUAGACAUGAAUAUGCACACACUCAAUUAAAUGUCUCGUACAUCUCAAGCUCAUAUAAACAUCAACUGUUGCCCAUAUAGUACACAAUGCUGCCUCAGCCACAGAGUUUAAAUCCAGGACUAAAAUAUAUUUAUAGUUGUACAUCCACACUGAAGGAUUUCAAUCUCCUUUUUUCACUGUACUUUUAUAGCUUUCUAGGGACUCCACAAAUCUGCUUUUCUUAACACUGAUUACUUUUGCACUAUAAUCUGAAAGGAAACAGUUUGGCUUUUUUUCCACAAUCUCUUAUCCAAUAUUGUAAAAUUGAUCUGAGAGAACACUGACCUCAAUAUCAAACAAGCCUCAUUAAUAAGCAUAUUAAAUAUUUCUGUUACCUUUAUGUAAUAGGAAUUAAGGCCAAGGCACCAGACUUGUUUGACUGUUUUGGACGCAUCAGUGCAGUUUAUUUUACCCUGCAUUUGGUAAAAUGUGGAGAACUGUGAUAUCGAUCAAUACUGAUUUGUAUACACGUGUUCACAUGUACGCAUACAUGUACACAUGGUCAUUGAAGAUUCAACAUUUAUCCUGUAGGAUGCAGUGGUUACAUUAGGAUUCUUUUGAAAUGUAUUUGCAGUAGGUCAAUUCUGAGCCAGGAGGCUGCCAAACUUUCCAUAAACAUGUUUAUCAUCCUGAAAAUGAUAACUGUUCCAAUACUUUUAUUUAAUUGAACGUUGAGAGAUUACGCCCAUUUUUUGUGAUUUUCUACAAUGUCAUGGCCAAAGGUUUUAGCUUAAACUAAUUGAUGUAUGUUUACACACACAUGCCAGAAUUCCAAAGGUUGCAGGGACACACAACUUCAUACUCUUCUCAUCACAUUAAUUUCUCUGCUGUGUGGUUGGGGUGGCAUUCGGUAAUAUCUUUCCACUCAAAUUGUCCAUCGAUACAUUGAUGUUGUGUUACACACACACACACACACACACACACACACACACACACACACACACACACACACACACACAUAUAUAUAUAUAUAUAUAUAUAUAUAUAUAUAUAUAUAAUAAAAUGUAUGUAUAUAUGUAUGUUUAUCUUUUCUAUGUUGAAUUCCAGGAUGUUAAGGUUACUUUCAAUAUCAGCUUAUGCUAAGCAAAUGUAAAGGCUUUAUUUAAAGGCAAAUGUGACUUUUGGUCUUUUGAAGAUAUACACGAUCUGUCCGAAUGUUUCGUUUUCCUUCGCAUACAUGUUCCAGCAUGGCAACAUCUCUUUUUACAAAACAAACUCCAUUAUUACUGCAUUGUUGGAGUGGAGGACCAGUACAAUCUCGGGGAUGAAAUUGAAUGACGAUUGCACCCGAACACUCCUCAUCCAACAUAUACCUGACUUUACUAAGGCUCUUGUGGCUAAAUGGGCAAAAACCUAUAGCUAUGUUCCAAAAGAAAAACUUUUCCAUAAGAGUUUAUUAUACAAGAUUAUAUCAGGUUAUUAUACAAGAAACCUGAAAUGUACAUAUGCCUGUGAUAGGUGUCCACAAGCCUUUGACUAUGCAGUAUGAAUGUAUUAAACUUACAAACCGAGAUAAAGGACCGAACACUGUUAAAGAUCCAGAUUAUUUUUAUUUUGGGGUAUUUUUCUGGUCUGUAGUUUAACCAAUGCCAUUAAACUCAGUUGAAGGUAAACUUAUUCCAGCUCAUAAUGCUUCAUUUAGUAUUAAGCAGUAAACAAUGACCAUGGGAUUUUCUAUAUAAUGUUUGUGUCUAUUUUUAAAAAAGGGGAACAAUCUAUAAAUAAAACAUUCUUUGGAGUUAGUCCAUUAUUUAAAUAUGAACGUGUGGAGCACUUUGUUUAAAAAAUAGUCCGAAAUGUAAUUUACAACAGCACAAAAAAAAUUGAAUAUUGACCAUAAAAGGUUUUGAUGUUUAUUUUUAUACUAGGAGUACCAGAUUCUAAUUUAUUUUUCUCCUGUUUGGAGUAACUUUAUAUUUGAAGUAAGUGCAGAAAAGCUAUACCUACUAGCGAUUGUUAGAUCACAGUUGUUUGUGUGUGUAUAGAGAUACUGUAACAUCAUUGGAUCAUUUUACAAAGCUUGAUUCAUGUCUUUAUAAUUUUUGUGGGUUUAAUGGUCAUUCUCUUGUUCUAAAUUACUUGCCUAUAAAUAUUUCAUCUUUUGUCAUCUUUCUCUAGGUUUGUGUUUUGACUAUAUUGUUAUAAUGUUCUGGUCCUCUUUCAGGGUUUUAACAGAGCUCAUAUGUGUAUUGUUCAGGUGUGCUAAAACUGGUUACAAUAUUGUAAUGCUAUAGCCUGUACAUUAAUCACGUUGAAUCUGCUGUUUCAGGUGUUUGAGUAUUGAAAAUAUUUUCUUAAUAAACUCUUGUUUUGCUGAGGCUAUAUGUAUAGAUAAAUGACAUACCAUCUUUUCACAGGUGGUAAUAAAAGGAAAAUAUAGAGAAA